AAUAACACACCACUGGGAAUUUUUUUUUUUUUUUUUUUUUUGAAGUUGUUCAUCUAUUAUAUACUGAUAGAUGAUUUGUAAUUAAAGUUGUUAUUGGCACUCAAAGACACCUACACUUUGUAAUCUUGUCUAAUCUUUGGUAAAAUAAAUAUGAACAUGUUUAUCAGGGCUGUAACUGAUUAAAAAGGACUGAAAAUGGGCAGAAAGCAGAGUCUACUUUGUUAGGCUCUUAGAAUAAUGCAGUUUAAACGAUGGACUUUUGACCUGUUGACUGAUUACAGCCUAAGGAUUGUGAUGUUUUCUUGUUUGUUUUUGUUUUUUUCCCCUUCCAAAAUCAGAUAUCCUCCAAGUGAAACAAGACAUUUGUGUCUAAAGAAAAAAUAAAUUAAUAUAUUAUCAUGAUUGCUACUGUCUCAUCUCAUGUUACACAUUGCCAAUUACUGUACAGCAUUUUAAAAGAUUGUUUUUCUGUGGUGACUUAAAGGGAUUUCAGUGUAAAGUUCAGCAUGAACAGAUAUAAAAUAGUCUUGCAUUCAAUUAAAAGCUAAAGGAAACAUGAAGGUGGCGUCAAAACCCACUUUGCUGUGACGUACUUGGUGAUAGUCACAUGUAUUUUAUUAAUGGCAUUUUUCCACUGCAUAGCAAAAGAGUUGCUGUACAUAAGUUGAAAUGUUAAAGCUGACCUUUGACAGGGAAGUGAGACUCAAAUGUCCUCUCUUCCUCUUUCGCAUUAAAAAAGCCUUUUGCUUUUUCUGAGCAGUGUAGUUGUACGUGUCACCGAGAAGACAAAUUCAUUAUUUGUGCUGUUGCAAUGUGGGAGUAGUCACCCUGUCUCUUAACUGGAUGACUCUGGAGCGACUACAGUCCUUCAAAUCUUCCAGUCACCGAGCUUUGGAAACAAACCAUCCCAGUGGCCUCGAAGAAAGAAAACUGAGGACUUAACAAAUGGAGAGAAAUAAGAAAACCCUUUCCCUGUUUAUUCUGCUGCCUGUGCUGCUGCUCUGCAGAAGUGAUAAGUGUCCCAGCCUGCCACAGAAUCUCAAUUGCUACACUGACUACAAUAGAAUCAUCACAUGUUUGUGGAACAGCAGAUCCGUGUCUGAUGACACUGCAUGCACGAUACAUGCUCACCAUAAAUCUCGCUACAUUUCUUACAACGCUUCCUGUGACCUAAAGUCUGUUGACAUCUCCAGACCAGCCCUAAAGGAGUGCUCCCUGAUCUUUGAAAUGGAAUACACUUUUCUGUCUUUCCAUGUGUUGUCCAUGAAUCUGAGCUGUGCUCAUAUGAAGCAGAGUCUAAUCACUUUGUACAAGCCAUUCUGCCACAUAAAGGUGAAUCCUCCUUCGAAGCCAGAAGUCAACGUCACCUCUGUUUCCUGGUUGUCCCAAGACCCUGAACAUGAAAGGAUCAGUUCAUACAGAAGUGAACUGCAGUGGAAGCAGCAGGAUCAGUCAUGGAGUGAUCCCACCGUGCAGAAAAACCUUGACAUUCAGUGCGAGGAUGAGUGCAAGGCAGAGCUGGAGCCAGACAAACUGAUACAAGGCGAGAAGUACGAGGCACGAGUUCGUGUGCGGUCUGUUAAACCUCAACCCGAGGGAGCCUGGAGCGACUGGAGCCCCACUGCAUCAUGGGAGUCACCAGUAGGAAAAAGAAAACCACCAUCAGGUGUUCCUAGACUUGUUGUGUGCAUAAUUACAGCAGGUGUAGCGUUAAUGGCAGUCAUUCUCUGCACAACUAAAAAACACUGGGUUUACGUAGUAAAGACAAUGAAAGGUCAGCCCAUACCAGACCCAGGAAAAUCCUUCCUGCAGAAUGUACCUUUUAAGAGUGGGUUCACCAGUGAAUACUUUCAGUCCUUCUUGAAACCAGUGGAAAUAAUCACUGUAGAAUUAACCUCGCCUGUGGAUGCUGUUGUGGCCUACAAGCCAGAUGAGAAGAUGAUGUUGAACAAAGGCAGCUAUGACUCCACCAGCUCCAGCUUCUCUAACCCAAGUUACUCUGAGCUUUGUAGCCCUCCUCCUAUUUCCUCACUCACUGCUGGGAACCUGAAGCCCUGUGCGGCUGACACGCCUUAUGGCCCUGUUGGUGCUCAGGGUGAAGGAAAAAGCACAGAACAGGAAAGCGAUGAAGCGAGAGAGAAAGAAAAGGAGACGUUAAUGUUGCUGCUCAAAGGCAGCAGUAACAGUGAGCCAGUGCAGGUGAUUUCAGACUACGAGAAAACUGAGAGGCUCGACAAUGAUCGAUUUAGGCUCCAGAGUCUAGAUUCAGGCAUGUGCAGUUGUGAAGAGGUCAGUGAAGAGAGCAUGGAGGCAGAUAGCAUCAAUAUGACUGAUAGCCAUGAUGAGGAACCUGAGGGUGAGGAAAAGAAGGAGGGAGGGAAUGAACAAAAGGCAGAUUUUCGGAGGCUGUUUGGAAGCAGCGGAGGUGUGUUUGGCAAGUUUAUUCCAGUUUGUUCUGAUUAUGAGCGAGUGGAGAAACAGCAGGCUGACAGCCCGGAGCUUCCCAGCUUGGAUUCAGGUGUUAGCAGUGGGGGAGAGGAGCAGCUGAGUCAGGAUGAGGGCAUGGAGGAUGCUGAUAAGUCCACUGAAUCUACACGCUUCCUGUUUCCACCUCAUCCUUCCAGUGCUUUACCAUGCUCCCUGCUUUCUUUUCCACAACUGCCUCUGAACUUGCCUGGGCCACGUCUGAGUCCAGCUGUGCAGCGCCAGCCAGGUCACAUGACACAGGGGUUUGCUCUGAUGUCAGCAGGCAGGUCGGUGGAGCCCUCUGGUGAUGGAUAUAUGCCAGUGAAACAGGAGGAGGGCUGAGAGCAGACAGCAGGCUCAACUAGCAGGACAAAAUAGCAUGUAGCACUUGGAGGAGUCAUCACAGCCAGUCAGUUCUCAGGAAAAUGUAACAUCACAUGAAUAUUUCUCUUCUGCUCAGUUUUCAGCAACUUUAACAGUUUCAUGAAUGUAUUUUACUUUUAUUUUUCAUAUAUUUAUGUUAAUAUUUAUGCCUGCUUAGAAGCUCAUACACAGUUACUGUCACCCCAGAAUAAAAUAAUGUGACUCUUUCUACAAUGUAAAGGCUGCCCUCUCUGCCAUCACACUAGCUGACCUGACUAACUUUAAACUGUGUAAAUCUAUGUAAACUGUGGUAAAAUUCCCUACAUGGGCUGAAGUUCUUGGCCACAUACAUACUGAGCUGCUUGGCUAUUUAAAUCCAUACCAUGAAGCUUCCAGUGCACAUUUUUGAUGCUUCUGUCUGUGGCAGAGGAGGUUUGGAGCUGUGCAGAGCCUUGGUGGCUUUGACUAUGCACCCCUGCACUCACUUUCUCAGCAUAUAUUGUCAGACACUUCAUAGCAUAGUAUUACAGUACCACAGUGUGAGAGCAGUGAACUGUUCAGACCCAUUUUUUCACAAAUAUUUGCAAAGGAAGACUGCAUGGAUGCUUAAUUUUAUAGACCUGUAGUCAUGGGACUGAAACACCUGAAUUCAUAGAUUCAGAGGCGUGGCCCAAUAGUUUUGGCCAUAUAGCAGCGUAUUUAACAAUGUUGAAUUGUUUGCAACAGAUUAACUUGGUAACUUUAUUACAGGAAACAUAUUACGAUGUGUGCUACAGCAGACAAAUAACCAGAGUACUCUAUUAUGUGUAUACUUUAUCAUGCUUGGUUUCAGGACUGCAGUGUUGACGGUCUUUAUGUUGUGUUUUUCUGGAUUCGCAAAUUUUAUUUUAACCAAAUGUCUUAAAGAGCGCAUUUUAACUAAUAUGUUUUGGAUACAUAAAGGCAGUGUGUACAGAUAGUUAAAUGACCGCACUGUAGGUACAGUGACAAUGAUUUUGAUUUUAUUUAUUCUUGUGUGGCAGCUAUUUACUUAUUUGAAAUUAUGUCAUGUCAUGAAUAACACAGUUAUUUUCCAUGAAAACUAAAAACGGUUAAAAUCUCAAUAAAGAAUAACCAGAAAUACAUGUAAUUUUA